AUGGGCGACCCAACACCCGAAAACUACUGCAUGCUCCAGGGCUUCGAGUGGAACGUGCCCGCCGACCAAAAGCAAUGGGCCCGGCUGCAGAACGCGCUCGAGGGCCUGAAGAAGACCGGCGUCGACAAUGUCUGGCUGCCACCCGCGUGCAAGGGCGCAGGCGGCGGCAAGGCCAACGGAUACGACGUCUAUGACCUCUACGACAUCGGGGAGUUCGAGCAGAAGGGCUCCCGGGCCACGAAAUGGGGUACCAGGGAAGAGCUGGAUCAGCUGGCCCAGAAAGCCGAGGAGCUGGGCGUCGGCCUGUACUUCGACGCCGUGCUGAACCACAAGGCCGGUGCGGACAACAAAGAGAAGUGCAGGGUCAUCGAGGUCGAUCAGAACAAUCGAACGGAGGAAAUCGGCGAACCCAAAGAAAUCGAGGCAUGGCUGGGCUUCGACUUCCCGGGACGGGGGGACAAAUACUCGUCACAGAAAUACCACUGGGAGCACUUCUCGGGCACCGACUACGACGCGGGGAACGACAAGACAGGAAUCUACCGCAUCCUGGGCGACAACAAGCACUGGUCGAACAGCGUGGGCGACGAGAGUGGCAACGCCGACUUCCUGAUGUUCGCAGACGUCGACUACAGCCACCCGGAGGUGAUCGGCGACGUGAUCCACUGGGGCGAGUGGGUGGUGCGCGAGUUCAAGCUGCGCGGAUUCCGGUUCGACGCGUGCCAGCACUUCUCGGAGCGCUUCACCAACGAGUUCGUGGCGAACCUCGAGAAGCACUUCGGCGAGGGCAAGCUGUUCCUCGUCGGCGAGUUCUGGGUCGGCGACGUCGACCAGCUGCUCGCGUACCUCGACGAGAUGCACCACAAGUUCAGCCUGUACGACACCCCGCUGCUGAACAAUUUCAGCCAGAUCUCCACAACCGAGAAGGGCGACCUGCGCAAGGUGUUCGACAAGUCGCUCGUCCAGGCCAAGCCGGAUUCCGCCGUCACGGUCGUCAUGAACCACGACACGCAGCCGGGCCAGACGGUCGCGACGCCGAUCGAGGGCUUCUUCAAGCCGCUGGCCUACGCGCUGAUCCUGCUGCGCAACCAGGGCUACCCCUGUGUCUUCUACGGCGACCUGUACGGCAUCAAGGGCGAGCACGAGGAGCCGCCGAGCUGCGGCGGCAAGCUGCCGCACCUGAUCCUGGCGCGCAAGCUGUUCGCGUACGGCGACCAGGACGACUACUUCGACGACGAGCCCACCUGUCUCGGCUUCGUGCGCCGAGGCACCCAUGACAGACCCGAUGGCCUGGCUGUCGUGCUGAGCAACGCCGGACCCGGCCAGAAGCGGAUGUUCGUCGGAGACGCGCACAAGGGCGAGGUCUGGUCGGACAUCCUGGGCUGGCAGACCGAUGAGGUUACGAUCGAGGACGACGGGUUUGGGGACUUCAUGUGCUCUGGCACCAGCGUCAGUGUGUGGGUUAAGAAGGACGCGGAGCUGCGGAAGCAGGUCGACGAGUUGGAUUUCGACGAUGAUAUUUACAAGAGUUCUUGA